AUGUCGCGUCUGCCAUUACGUGACCGAACAAUACAUCCACCUGACAAAUACACACCACCUGAACAGACAGAAAAAACAAGACUGUCAUUUACGGUGAAAAUCACAACAACUAGCGAUGAAACGUAUUUAAUAUGGUUUGAUACUAUUAAAAAACAUUUAAUUGUCAGACGAGAAGAUUGUUUAUCAAUAAAUCCUGAUAAAACAGUUGCUAAAUAUACAAUGAACAACCAACGCGUUUUGGGGCAAUCAAAUUUUAUGGAUCAUACAACAAUUGUGUUCAUGAAUUGGAAGAGUAGGUUAAUACAAAUCUAUCUUUAUCAGUAUUCGGUAAUCAUAUGGAAUUUUUACUUGUAAAUUAGGUAACGUCAAUACCUAUUUAGGUGGUGCUGCUCCGGACGUCGAAAACGGUGUAAUUAAUUGCUAAUUAACCCUUUGACGGGCGGUGGUCCAUAUAUGGACCACUUUUUUUGUUUAUUACGAUAGAAUUGUGCCCAUAAUAGCUAGAACAAAUUUGAAAAAGGAUUUGAACAGCUGAAAGAAUUUCCGAC